AUGGACAGACAGCGAGGCCAUGAUGUGCGCAGAAGAGGAGGCGGAAUUGGUGGUAGGAGGGAAAGGACCCGCCCCUUAGAGGAAGUUUAUUUGAGUGACGCAGAGUCUUCUUUUGAUGUACAGCCUACUCCACCUGUUGUGGAAGUAGUGGAUGCCGUUCGCUUAGCCAAACUGGUUAAGGAGAUCAAACAGUUAGGUGCAACCCCAUUUGAAGGGGGAGUUGAUCAUUGGGCAGCUGAUCAGUGGCUUGAGAAUAUGAUGAGUUGUUUCGAGAUGGUGAUUUGCACCGAAACUGAGAAGUGGAAGAUUGCUGCUUAUCUUCUUCAGGGUGAUGCCAGGAUAUGGUGGGCUGGUCAGCGGAAUACAGUGAAUAUGGCUGCGCUGACUUGGAAUGGUUUUGUGGAACUAUUCCAGGACAUGUACUUCCCUGAUGCAGUGAGGGAGCAGAUCGAGUUAGAUUUCAUUUCCCUGGAACAGGGGACUAUGACGGUGAGAGAGUAUGAAACACGGUUCACUCAGUUAUACAAGUUCGUUCCCCAGUUGGAUGCCCGAGCCUUGGCUAAAAAGUUUCUGAGGGGACUGACUUACAGGAUUAGGGAGAUACUGUAUCCCCUUCGGUUAGCCACUAAAGGAGAGAUCUUUGCUAGUGCCAUGGCCCAUGAGCAGGCAACCAACAUGCGUGUAAGUGAACGAGGGAUUAUGAGAGAAUCCUUGGGGAAAGGGAAGGCGAUUGUGGGGAGCAGUGGUUCCAGGGAUCAUAGAGGUGGGUCGUGGAAGCGACAGAGGACUCAUUUCCAUCCACAAACCCCUGCUCGGAUAACCUAUCAGCACCAGACUCCAGCCAGGGCAGCACCGGCCCCACUUAGGGCUGUACCUGUGAGGCAAGUAGCACCAGCUGCACCGGUGAAAUGUUACAACUGUGGCGAACGGGGCCAUACCUCUAAAGUGUGUACGAAGGCGCAAACCAGACUAUGCUUUAGAUGUGGCCAGCUGGGACAUUUUUCUAAGGAGUGUACUCGACCUCAGGGUGCAGGACAGGGUACUCAACAGAGACAUUUGCCUCCAGCACCUGCUAGAGUUUUCGCCAUUGGUCAGAGAGGCACUGGGGUGGAAGGUACCUUAUCUAUCUAUAACUAUCUUGCUAGAGUACUGUUUGAUACGGGAGCCUCCCACUCCUUUAUAUCUAGUUCAGUUGUGGAUGUGUUAGGUUUGAUUUCUAUGCCUUUUACUAGAUCGCUAUGUGUUACAUCACCUCUCGGUGUGUCUCUUGAGCUUAGGUAUUAA